UUUCAGAAUUUGUUUAUUGAACAGAUUAUUCCAAUGUUGACUUUAACUGAACAACAAAUGAAGAAAUAUCUUGAUACGCCGCAAAGAGGAAUUGAUCCAGCAUUGUGGGAACCGGGCAAGCGAAAAAAUCCUGACCCAAAGAAAUUGAUACCUGUUGUAAAAGUGGGAUUUCAGGAAUUACAGAAACAGUUAAAGUAUCAAGAAGAAUAUGGCAAUAAACUUCAUAAUAGUAUGAAGAAUAUCAUGGAUGAUAUAAGACUAUUAAGUUGUAUGCAGACGACAAUUAAAGCUGCCAUUCAGAAUUUUAGGUUGAAACAGACAAAUAUAAUGCGCCGAGUUCUAAAAUUGGUGUCGGCACAAGAGGUUGAAAGGAAAAAAACUCUACCACUAGAAGAAACAGAGGAUCAGAUUCGACUGCGAUUAGAAAACUUGUGUACACAGCUGCAGGACCUCAAGGGAUGUUUGAAUGAACUAAUGGCUCAGUCUAUAAAGCCUGGUAGUUUUCCGCGAGCCCAACGGUAUGGACUGGUUGUUGACAAAGUGCAGGAUAUAUCACAAUACCUAAAAUGGCAGCAGGAUGCACUUCAGGCUAUAGUUAACAUACUUAAGGAAGAUAUACAAGUGGUCGUUAACAUAAAAAAGAACAUCAGCUAAGUUUUGAGAGUUAAGGAAAUUGGCUAACCGUCAACCAACUUCCCCAAACAACAUUCAAUCAUUGGAAUAAUUUAGUCAAAUAAGCACAAACUGUAAACUGCCAGCUUAAUCAAGAAAGCCUGCCAGUGAUUGGUCAAUAUAAAAUAUUCAGCGUGUGAGGGUUAAUAUCAGAGUCAGUCGAUUUUGCUCCAGCAUGGAGGACACACCUACAAUUUCCUCUCCAUUAACAUGUGGACAGAAACAACAAGAAAGAAGUGAUAAUAACAAUACUAGUGUUGAUGAAGAACCAUUACCUUCAUCAUCCACGUCUUUACCUUUGGGACAAAAAGUUAAUGAAGGGCGUGAGAGAGAAGAAGAGGUGAGACAAAAAAAGGAAUUUGAAUUAAAAAUUAGCCAAAUGUUAGAAACAGAUGGGCAUGGAAGCCGGAAAAUUUUCACUCGAGAAAAUUUAGCACAAGAUAUUGAAGUCAAAAAUGCUAAAUUGAAACUGACUACAAAGACAUCUCAUGAAUAUGAUCUAUUGUCUCGAUAUGAUGUCAAAAAUCUAUUUGGGGAUGACGUCCUAGUAACCAUCGACGAAACUGAACGAAGAAUGAAGCGGGGGACCAAGCGUAAACUGACCAGUGACAAUCAUCAUCGUCAUCAUUCUACUACGGCUGUAACAACAACAACAACAACAACAACAGGAACAGCUGAUCCUGGCCGGAUGUGUCGUCGUUUCAUACAUCAAGGGCAAUUGUAUGAUACGAUUUAUGAUGCACACAGAGCAGUUUGUCACGGAGGAGAAAAAAGAACUUAUUUUGAAGUAAGUAAAACUAUCGCUAACGUCACUCAACAAUCGGUGAAACUCUUUAUUUCACUCUGCCACAUAUGCAAUUUGAAACGACUUCCUCGACGAAAAAAAGGGGUAAUACGGCCCAUUGUAUCUGCCAGUUUUGCGGAGCGAGGACAAAUGGACUUAAUAAAUAUGCAACAAGAAGGAGGAUGUGUGUAAAUAUAUUUUACAUUAUCAGGAUCAUUUAACAAAGUUUUCGGUUUUACGAGCUCUUCGCAGUAAACGGGCGAUUGAAGUGGCACGCCACUUACUCGAUAUAUUUGCUCUCUUGGGAGCCCCACGAAUUUUGCAGAGCGAUAACGGCCGUGAAUUUGUGGCCGAGGUCAUUCAAGAGCU